CACACACACACACACACACACACACACACACACACACACACACACACACACACAUUAAUACACUUUGAACUUCGCGAGACGGGCUGAAAAGUGUGCAUCCUGCUUUCCAUAUCUGCUUUGAUCACCAUUUCAAGUCUUGAGAGAGUUUUUUCCAAAGCCUGGACGCUAGCAACACUUCUGGAUGGCGAGACAUUUGAAGCAGGAAUGGAACAUUUGAAUAAGAGUCUGGGGAAGGUUUCAAUAGGAGUGCCAACUAAGCCUUCUAUUUUCACAUUUGUACCUGUGGUGCGGAAAUUACCAAUUGCAAGUCUUGUAAUUGAAGAAGAGAUAUCUGGAGCUCUGACAGGAAAACCAAAUAAGAACUUAGCUGUGUCCUAUGAGGAGAAGACCACGGAGACCAUGUCAGACGGGAAUAUUUUCAAAGUAGAGAAAGUCUUUAUCAAGGACUCUGUGGAGGGAAGAGCAGGAAACACAAUCCAACCAGGAACAAAACCUCAAUUAAAACCGUCACUGGAUCACGUGAGCCUCUCUCAAACCAAAGCCUCUCCUUCAGUCAGCGCUCAGUCUGAAAAUACGCUCAACCACGUGGCUGCCGGGACAGCCUCUAUGGAAACAGCUGUUGAUAAACACAGGGGCAUUUCCCAGCGGCAGUGUCACGAUACUGCUGGACUUUCUGAGGUUAGCUCGGGUUUCUUUACAAAUAGAGCGUCUGUGUCAGAGGACAGAUCAAGCCCCACGAACUCUGCAGACCUGUUCCCCACCCCGACUUCAUCCAGAGAGUCCAUCCUCUCAGAGGGCUCGGACAGAGAGAAGAGCUGGUCCGCCGUGCAGCUCUCCUCUGUCACCUCUCCUGUCUCUUUCAGUGGCACUGUCUCUCCCUGCUCAUCUGUCCUGUCUGGUAUCUUCUCUCCUGCUAUCGUCCAGAUCAAGAGGCACUUUCUCGCGCCUGGCUCUAGUCUGAUUGACACCCCUCAAACCUGUUUCUCCUCCUGCGAGAGCCUGUCCUCUUCUGUCUGUCCCCAGUCCCCUCCUCCCCGGCACCGGCCUCCUCUCACCCGACUCUCCCUCCUCACUGCCAUCCUCAGAAAAGGCCGUCUUCCUGUUCUGUCUCCCACUCUGCAGAGGCCUUACACCCCCUGCUGGCCUGUCAGCCCUGUGACCCUGUCCUUCUGUAACGCGUGCUCAGCAGCCUCUAGCGUGGCCUCCAUCCCCCUGGAGUUUUCCUCCCAGUUCUCCUCAUCAGCGUCUAUAGAUAGUCAAAGCCACGUUCACAGGGAGCCUAAUAGAUGCAUCACUGCUCCUCCGCCUGUGCAGUCAAAUGAGCUCAGCAGAGUGUGCCCUCAAACUCAAGUGAAAAGAUACUCGGAGCAGAUUCGCUCGAGCAGCGCACCAAGGUGGGAGCAGGUUAUUUCACCCCUGGCAGUGCAGAGCAGCACAUUAACUCGAACUCCGCUACCUGUGUUUUGCUCAAACUUUGAAUCUGUUUCUCCACCAAAGCAUGAAGAAACAGACUGUGCAACUCCCAAAAAACUGCAACACACACACACCUCUAUUUUGAAGUCCCCUGAGCUGAAGUCCAGCACCACUCACACGUACCCCAAGGGCAAUGCAGAUAAUAACCUUAAAAAACUAAUUUCCCCAUCCUCUCAACUUAUUAAUCAAAAAGAGACCUCUGCGCCCCAGAAAUGGAAUCACCGGCCAAAUUCAUCUCUUUCAAGGCUUCACUUGCUUUCUCAACAGCUGAGAUCCUCCCCUUCCAGCCCUACUCAGCUUCAGUCUUCUCGCUCACCCGGUGUCACGCGCACAAGCACGGCAUCACCUCUGCCAUAUUUACAGAACACAGCAGGAAGCUGUGAAUCAGGGAGGAGCUGGCCUGAUUCCAAAAAUGCCACACCACACAAAGCCCACUGUCUGUCUCCUUCCCGCUACACACCCAUUGCUUUCUCUGGAUGGCUAUCACCCACCAACUCCCCUACGCCUACGCCUACGCCUACGCCUACGCCCUCUCCGGCUCCUCCACCAAUCAGAGACCUCACCCCAUCCCCUUCUCUCUCCUUGCGCUCCACGCCCUCCCCAAGGCCGGGGAGUGGAAUAUCAGACUGCAGUGACAGGGAGGGUAAAAAAAGAAAGACACACAAGAUUAAGUUAAGCUACAAAUCACUUGCUGCAAUUCCCACAAACACCCUUCUGUUGGAUCAGCAGGCAAUAGACGAGCAGGUAGAGAGAGAAGAGAGUCCGUGUCACACGCUGGGCCGAGGUGUUACAUUGGACAGAGGUGUUGCAGACACCCACGCUGAGAUGUGCUCACCCGCUCAGCUCCGUCAACAGUCAGAGGAACUUUAUGCAGUUAUUGAUGAAAUAUUGGCAAAUUCCAUUCCAGAAGGCAAAACAUCCCAGUCACUGCAGUCCUCCAGAUCAUCGACUCCCAGCGCUGGUCUGCAGCAGAACAACUCAUCAUUUCCGAAAUCCUUGGGACGUGAAACCAAAUACGCAUCUUUAUGCAGCUUGCACCCAUCUACCGGUGUGGAAAGAAACCUUAUGCAUCCUAAAAAGACGAAACCCGGGGUUAUUCGCCCAAUGACGGCCAUUCCAAGAAUGACAGUGGGGGAUGAAGAAGAAUUUCAUCCAAACCCCUUCAGCCAGUUUGACGUCAAGAAAACCUUAACUGACAACAAAAAGGCGCAGAGUAAGAGUCUCGAAGAGGCAGGAAACUAUUUUUACACAAGUUCAACGUUGAGAGAGGAGAUGAAACCUGAAAGAAGAACUCCGUUCUCAGUAUGUGACCUGCAGAUUACAGAGCCUGAAGACCAGAUCAGUCACCCCGUAAAAGAUGGUUCAUCCUCCUUCAGUCCAACUGAGGGGCGGAUGGAAGCUUUUGAAACUCAUAUUUAAAGCAUUAACACUAAAGCAUAACUCUUCCUAACUCUCUUUUUCAAUGAACAGUUAUCUGCUUAGACACAAUCGGUAUUGAAGAUCUUUACAUUCACAUUAUUGAAUGAGUAUGUAGCAAUAUGUAUGGCUGCGUGUUAAACCAGGGUUUAAUAUGCCUUACAGAGGAGAUAAAAAUGCAUGCAACUGACCUUUCCCUAAGCUCUGCCUCCUUAGUUACUGUUGCUAUGGCUGCCAAGCUUUCCACUGACAUACACAGUUUGCAGUGAUAACUGGUGGCAGAUUUACCACUCAAAUUCACUCAAACAAUGGGUCCCUAAGUUUAGAUAGAGAUAGACAAAAAGAGGCCUCUCCAUUUGAGCCAUCAGCCAUCUGUGGCCAGCUGGCUAUACGUUUUACACUGUCUCUGCCAGUUAAUGUUUUUAUUUGUUUCUUUUUAAAACAAGAACCCUGCAAAUGGGGUCUUAUUUAUGUUUUUGAUGGCAACAUGCAGGCCAGUCUGCGUUGUCACAACAAAUUGGGGGUAUGCGGAUGUCCGAACCCUUGCAUACCAGUGGACGCAGAAAGUGUUAUUCCUGCUUAAGGAGACGUUCAUACAAAUAGCUGGGGCAGUGACAGGCUGCUUUUCAGUUCUAGCUCAACUUUAUGCAAAUGUCCUCUAGCACAAAGUGUCAGCCAAUCGAGAGCUAAUCACACUUGUUUUAUGCCUGAAGAAAUAGAAGCACAAAUUUGUUCUCUGCUCCACUUGUAAAAUGGCAAUGCUGAUCAAUCUUGCCAGCUCAAACACCGUUCUUGUAUUUAAAACAAUUUCAACAAUGUGAAUGAAAAAAAAACUUUACUCUGAGGAUACUGUACAAGAAGUGAACAUCUUGUGGCGGUUACGUCAGAGCACAACUGUCCAGUCAAAGCUGCAAAUAUAAAUUACACACUCAACACACCAUCAGAGCUACAGCCUCAUGAGAGGGUUAUAUUAGAAAAGAACUAGCUCAUACAACGUAUUGUUCAACCACAUGGGAAGACUAAAGUGUUUAUGCCUGAUCUAAACACACUCGAAGGUGUUGUGAAAAGCAGGCAGGAGCGAGACAAAGGCACAGGGCUGGUCUAGAGAAGGUGAGAUGGCGCUUUUUCAUGCUCAUGUUAUGAACUAACUAAAUGAAACAACUAGAAGAACAAAAUGUUUCUGUCAACCUGGAGGUUUCAUUGCCUUCCUGCAGGUCUGACCAUUUUCAGGGUUUAACUGGUCAGACUGCACAAACGUUUAGAGAAUUACACUAAAGUGGUUAAAAAAGGCUAUCAACUUUCAGUUGUUUCCCCAUUAUAACCUGUAUGGUAUAUAUUAUAUAUAAUAUUUGAUAGCCAGUCCGAUAAAUAUGAGCACUCUACAGGUGGACAUGGUUCUGAACAAGAAAGGAUGGAGGAAGAGGGAGCAGGAACCAGCAAAGAUCCAAUUAGACGUAAAUUAGAACAAUGCACCAUUCAUAUAAUCAGGUUGGACAACUUCACUCAAGUUUAUUACCUUUAUUAUACGUUUCAUUUAUUUUUGCAUUACAAUAAAUAGAAUGACUAAUGUGUUGCAUAAUACACCGCAUUUGUAUUUCCCUGUUGUUAAAUGUCAAGGUUGGAUUAUUAACCAUGAAUUUAAUGAACAUGAUAUAAUUUACAGUAUAAAUAUGCAAAUAACAGUGCACAUUCUCUGACAGUCUCUCCUGGAAGGCAAAGUGAAAAGUACAAAUGAAAAGUGACAGAAAUAGUUGUGUAAAAGAUUUUUGAGAGAAGCCCCUGCUGACUUUCUCACCUCCACAGAGCCGGCCAAUUACAGCAUGUGGAGAAAUCUAAAGCUUGACAGACCUGCUGCACUGGUUGCUAAGCUAUGAUUCGACAAUUGUUGUUUUUGGGGAUGGAUUUAGUGAACGGUCAAUUGGUGCAAGACAUCGAACAGCAAAGACAUUAAGAUCAACUGGCACAGAUUUUUAAAUAAAAAAGAAAAUACUAUUUUAAUAUAAUUAAAUGAUUGAAAGAAAAAUGGUAUGUAAUAAAGGACUUCCCUAUCUCC